GGAUUGAGAUGAUGAGUUGCCAUGUAUGAUUCCAUAGAUUUAACGAGCCCAGAUCUUUCCGUAUAUUUUAUUUCUCUGUAUGAUAUCAACUCUGUACAAUUCCCCAACUCUUGCUAUAUAACCCUCUGUCACUCUCGUUUUAGUUUUUCAGACCGUGUCUCUUUCGCUCUUUCUCUCUAUCUCUUUCUAGUUUCUGACUCAAUUCUUCCUUCAUUCUCCAUUUUUAACGUUUUCUCGCCGUAGAUCUCAUUUUUUGUAUCGGUUUCCGGCGAGAAUCUGAGAUCUGAAUCAGAGGUUUCUCGCCGGCGGAUGUUGAGAGUUUGACCGGGGAGCGAUCUGAGAGUCGGGAGUGGUUGCGAUGGGGCAGUGUUACGGGAAGCCGGUUGUGAAUGGGAACGGUAAAGGAGGUGUGGUCGAGGAGUAUCCGCAAUCGCCGUUGCCGUCGGUGGGGAACGGAGCGGCGAGCGUGCAGUCAGUGAAGACGCCUGCUCGAUCAUCGUCGACGAGCCCCUGGCGGAGUCCCUUCCCGCACGGCAGUGCUUCCAGUCCGCUUCCGGCAGGAGUGGCGCCGUCUCCGGCGAGGUCGUCGACUCCGCGGAGGUUCUUCCGUCGCCCGUUCCCGCCUCCAUCGCCGGCGAAGCAUAUCAAGGCGUCUCUCGCGAAGCGGCUCGGUCCUGCGAAGCCGAAGGAGGGUCCGAUCCCGGAAGAAGGUACGGAACCUGAACAAUUACUUGAUAAGAGCUUCGGCUACGGUAAGAAUUUUGGUGCCAAGUAUGAAUUGGGGAAGGAGGUUGGGCGAGGGCACUUUGGUCAUACCUGCUCUGCUAGGGGCAAGAAAGGAGAGCUAAGAGACCAACCUCUUGCAGUGAAGAUCAUAUCAAAAGCGAAGAUGACAACAGCAAUAGCAAUUGAAGAUGUUCGUAGAGAGGUAAAGAUAUUGAAGGCUCUAUCAGGGCAUGCGCAUCUAGUCAAAUUUUAUGAUGCAUGUGAAGAUGCAAAUAAUGUGUACAUAAUCAUGGAAUUGUGCGAAGGUGGGGAACUACUAGACAGAAUUUUAUCAAGAGGAGGAAGAUACACUGAAGAAGAUGCAAAAGCAAUUGUUGUACAAAUCUUAAGCGUUGUUGCAUUUUGUCAUCUUCAAGGCGUUGUGCACCGUGACUUAAAGCCAGAGAAUUUCCUUUUUACCUCAAGAAGUGAAGAUGCUGAUAUGAAGCUUAUUGAUUUUGGUCUUUCCGACUUUAUUAGACCAGAUGAAAGACUCAAUGAUAUUGUUGGAAGUGCAUACUAUGUUGCACCUGAAGUUCUCCAUAGAUCCUAUUAUCUGGAAGCAGAUAUUUGGAGUGUUGGUGUUAUUACAUAUAUCUUGUUAUGUGGAAGCAGGCCUUUCUGGGCAAGGACAGAAUCAGGAAUUUUUCGUGCAGUAUUAAGAGCUGAUCCUAAUUUUGAUGAUUUACCCUGGCCUACAGUCUCAGCUGAAGCCAAGGAUUUUGUUAAAAGGCUAUUGAAUAAGGACUACAGGAAGAGAAUGACUGCCGUCCAAGCUCUGACUCACCCCUGGUUGCGGGAUGGAAGUCAUCCUAUCCCUCUGGAUAUAUUGAUCUAUAAGUUGGUCAAGUCUUAUCUUCAUGCUACACCUUUUAAACGUGCUGCACUAAAGGCUCUCUCAAAAGCUUUGACGGAGGAUGAGCUGGUGUACCUUAGAUCUCAAUUCAAGCUGUUGGAACCUGGUAGAGAUGGGAGUGUGUCUUUGGAUAGCUUCAAAAUGGCCCUUGCACGGAAUGCAACUGAUGCCAUGAAGGAAUCUAGGGUUCCUGAUAUUCUAAAUGCGUUGGAACCGCUGUGCUAUAGAAGGAUGGACUUUGAAGAGUUUUGUGCUGCAGCUAUUAGCACACAUCAACUGGAGGCUUUGGAAGGGUGGGAGCAGAUCGCCUCUACUGCUUUUGAAAUUUUCGAGCAGGAGGGGAAUCGUGUCAUCUCAGUUGAGGAGUUGGCUCGGGAACUGAAUCUGGGUCCUUCAGCUUAUUCGGUCCUGAAAGAGUGGAUCAGAAACUCAGACGGAAAGCUCAGUUUACUUGGAUAUACCAAAUUUUUGCAUGGUGUAACUCAUCGAAGCUCAAACACCAGACAGCAUUAGUUUUUAGGCUUUGAGAUUUGAUUCCUUAAAAAUUCAUGACAUUCAGAAGAUUUGCAGGAAUAUUUUUUCUUCUUUGGGGGUUGGGGUAAAGGAAAAUUGUGUAUACAUGGAUGUUAGUGAAGCCAGAUGUGAUCUUGUUGAGGCGAAUUAAGUCAGAAGGAUCUCUUUGCUCGUUCCCUGCUUUGGCAAAUCUUAUAUUUAUGUGGGUUUGAGCUCAUAGUAUGAUUGUUUUAAUCAUUUCAAGAAAGACAGAAAAGAAUUAACAAUUGUUUCCAUAA